UUUACAUGCACAAUAAGAAUUAACAUGCUACAUCUAAAAAUCGCUGUUCGAUGUAGACCGAUGAAAGAAAAAGGAAUUUAAAAAGAAGUUUUAGUACCAUUCUUUUGUUUGCCACAGUUAGACAAUGAACGUUGCAGAAUUCAAAGCUAUGAGAGGAACAGUCGGCAUGCGUUUGGAACAGAAAGGAGAAUUCAAGCGCCUAGAAGAAGAAAUUUCAUCAUUCACAACAAAAAUUACAAAUUUAGAGAGGAAAACAACAUUGAUAAUGAAAUAUACUGGUGUUGGUGCUCAUCCUGAAGAAAUCGACGGUGAUUGUGUUGUUUCAUUUUCGGCAAAUCUGUCCACUAAUGCAAUGUUUAAAGCAGACGAGACGCUAAAGUUUGACGAAGUUCUCACCAACGAGGGCGAUGGGUUCAACUCGUGCACGGGCGAGUUUAUUGCACCGGUACCUGGAAAGUACCUUAUUUCGCUUACUGCAAGAGCGCAAUUUCACAAACAAAUUUCAGCUGAGAUCGUCUGCAACGGGAAAAUGCUUGGCAGAAUCACCUCAGGUUAUGGUGGAAUUGACAAGGCUGCAUCAUCGAUGACAGUUGCUGAGGAGUUAAGGAAAGAUGAUAAGGUUUUCGUGAAGCAGACGACAGAAAAAUCGGGCGAAUAUCAUGGCAACGGUUACACAACCUUCUCCGGCUUUCGCUUUGAUUAGUUGAACAUUAUAUUAACAAAAAUAAUAACAAUUCAGCGAAACAAUAACAAAUAUUGUGUCUCAGCAGUAUGAAAAGAGAAAAUUUAUACAUGUAGGUGUGUUGGUGUUGUGGCAUAAUCACAUAUAUACAUGUUAUUGACAACGAUACUCAUUAAAAUUAUCUAAAGUAGGUUUAUUAUUUGUUGCAAUUUAAGAGAGUCAGUGGCGCGGUGGUUAACAGGUUGGACUUACAACGCCAGCGGUCCGGGUUUGAUUCCCGAUCGCGGCAGAUAUCCCGACUGGUGUCAGUGCUCGGUGAUAUGCUUAAAUUGGUACUGUUUCCAGCACUGGAUGCUGGGGAGGUAAAUAUGACACCUGCCGUGGGCUCGGCUGGAAAUAAGUUUUUCCAUCCAUUCCAGGUGGGGACUUUUGUCGACUACCCACGUUAAACAAGAAACUUUACGUUUACUUUACUUUUGCAAUUAACGUUUCGAAGGCUAUUUGAAAUUUUGACUUUAUCAUACUAUUAACAGGAAAAACUUGUUUUACGUGAAAAUUUAAGAGCAUAUCAAACAUGUAUGUUUCUUUUUCUACAAAGCGACUAUGAGUCCACUGGUAUAGGCCAUGAGUGUCUGAUGAGAGGUUCAAUUUUCCGGGAAGUUCAACGCCUUUAAAAACUGCCUUUUCAAAGAACUGUUACAAAUCUUCAUUUUGCUACAUUUGCAAUAAUGCCCAAGUGCUAAAACUGCACACAAGGUGCUUCACGUCGUUUUUAGCAAUUUUGAAAAUUGUUUUUAUUUCUUUACAAACGGCAUUCUUUGCUAAAUGGAUAUUACUAUAAGCACAGUGGGGACAGUCCCGUAAAAAUGAAUUAUUGUUGUUAAAGAUUUUGUUCGUGUGCCAACAAUUAUGAGAUGCUUAUUCAUUUUUAUGGAUAAUCAAGUCGAUAUCAUGGAAGUCAAAUAUGUUCAUUUCUUUAAAUAGUUGUUUCAUAAUA